AUGAUGAGUAGCUCUCUUACGUUGCUGUUGUUGCUGAUGCUGAUGCUGGUUGUCGUAGGUAGAUCCCUAUACACGGCAGCCCGUAGGCGACCAGCAGCAGCAACAGCAGUUGCUGCUGCUGCUGGUGCUGCUCUUGCUGCUGCUGCUGCAGUGCACAAGGCGCGCAAGGAUGGCCUGGUGCUCCCUACAGAUCCUCCGUCUUUCUUGCUGCUGCCACCCGAUGCGUAUGUGCGUUUGCUGCUGCAGCAGCAGCAGCAGCAGCAGGAAAACCUGCUGCAUCACGAAGAGGAGAUGCGCGUACACCAGGCAGUCUCGGAUGUUCUUAACAGCCACCAGCUGCAGCAGCAGCAGCAGUAUGAGGUGCUGCAGGGGAGCAGCAGAGGACUCAGGGUAGCAGCAGUCCGAGUGCCAGUGGCAGCUGCUGCCCUUACGUGUCUCCAUACAACGGGAGAUAACUCUGCAGCAGCAACAGCAACAACAGCAGCAACAGCAGCAGCAACAACAGCAACAGCAGCAACAACAGCAACAACAAGAAGUACAACGACAGCAGCAAGAGCAACAGCAACAGCAACAACAGCAGAAGGAACAACAGCAACAACAACAGCAGCAGAAACAGCACCACCAACAACAGCAACAACAACAAAUGCAGGGUGA